GUUGAGCAGUCGUUGGGUACGUUUGUAUAAUAUUCUAUAUCGGAUGUGCGAAAUACAUAUUUUGAAAAACUUUUCUGGUUUUUUAAUUCACAUUUUGAGUAUAAUAAAAAUUUCUAUAUAAAAUCGGUUCAUAUAGAGACCCACACUACAACUUAUAUUCACAUUUACUUUAUGCUCUUCGUGUUUUUAUUUGUCGCUCUCGUGGUUUAAAGAAAAUUGUUUGUGUUUAUACAUAAGUAGAUAUAUAUAGCAAUACAUAAAGCAAGAGUGCAUGUACUCUUUGUUGUUGUUUAUAAAGUGUAUCAAUGAAGUACUUGUUUUUGUGCAUGCAUACUAUAUGAGCAUGAAUCAGAGUGUGUGAAGGUAGAACAAUAACAAAUGUAAGAGUAAAUAAACAAAAAAACAAACUAAAACUAAACGGUUUUUAUGUGAAAGUGUAUGUAAAAAUAAAAACAUUCACCAAAUAAACAGUAAUACUACAGCAACAACAUCAUCAUUAUCAUCAUCAUCAAUAAUAAAUAACAACAACAAUAAUAAAAACAAAUAAACAAACGGGGUCUUGAGAUUUACACAUGUGUAUGUGUGUAUUUUCUUUACGCAUACAACAACAACAACAGCAUUUCAACUAAGAGAAGAACUUAAACCGUUAUUAAAAAUCAAACAUAAAGAAUAAGAAAUAAAGUUAAUUGUUAAAAAAUGCCUACUGUUAGACGAUGCUGUAUAGUGGGCUGUAUGUCUAAUUCGCGACAAGCUCCCAGUUUGCAGUUUUUUCAAUUCCCCCGACCAGAUAAUCCCUUCUACAAACUUUGGACACAAGCCUGCCAGGCCUCACUGAGCCGUAUUUUACCUUUUAAGAAGCCGGUUGUGUGUGCUUUACACUUCCAUCCCCAGUGCAUAGGAGGCAGACGUUUGACAGGCAGUGCGGUGCCCACUUUAAAGCUGGAGGUGCCCUCAAAUUUAAAGGCCGUCGAACAGCAAGCUAUGGUAGAGGAAAUUGAGAGAAGCAGAAGAUGUGCUUACAUCAAUGCUGUUGUAUACGAAUGGCUUGUAAGGGCGAAUCUAAAUCCCCAGCUUAGAGGUUCCAUAACACAUGGCAUGAUAAAGGAGAAAGCCGAAACGGCCAAGCAGAUUAUAGGCUGUGAUUCAUUUACGGCCGAUAAUCGUUGGUUGAACCGCUUCCGUGAGACCCACUUAACUGGUUUUGCCCAAAAGUUGGCUUCCAAUCAGUUGAAGCCCAUAGGACCCUCCCUAUGGAUACCCGAUAUUGUGCAGGAUUUGGCCCAUCUAUUUCCACCCACCAGUGCAGAGCGUAUUGAAAACUUUGAAAAUGUUCCCGAACAGUACAUCAGCUAUAUGAAACAGUAUGGUGAAUAUGAGGAAGAAGAUGAUCCCAGUGAACAAGAACCGACACAGACUUAUCAACAGGAGCAAAAUAAUGGCUAUGGUCAGGAUACCAAAUUGGCAGCUCAAUCUUACUAUCAACAACAGCAAGUCGCCCAAUCAUAUUAUCACCAACAGCAGCAGCAACAUCACCAGCAACAACAAAAUGGCUAUCAUCACUAUAACAAUCAUCCACAUGCUGGCAUGCAUCCCGGAGCGCCCUACAGCAGCUAUCAUGAUUACUAUAAUGAACGUCCACAACAUCCCCAGCAGCAUUAUCAUCAUCAGCAACAUCCUCAGCAACAUAAUGGUGCCUAUGCAGCACAUCCUGUACAGCCACAGCUACAUCUUGAACAAACACAAGUCCCUAUGCCAGCAGCACAGCACCAGCAACAACCGCAAACGCCCAGCCGACCUCCUUCCCAUUCACCGCCACAACAGAAUGGUUUAGCGAUGGCCGACAGAGCCAGCCCAUAUGGCGCUAGCCCUAGCGCAAUUAAAAGACCACGUUCCAUCGAACCAGAUACUGAAAUACCACCCCCCACGAAAAGUUCACGAACUUCACCAGUCAAUGUUUCAGCAGCAAGCUCACCCCCACGGCCCACAUCUAAAAGUCCUCCAACGGUUAUAGAAAAUGGAGUUGGAGAAACCAAAAGCAUUAAUAACAACAACAUUGAUAAUAGUUUUAAAAUCAAAUUGCCGUUGGCAAAUGGUAGCGGCGGUGGCGGCAGUAGCGGUGCCAAUUCUCAGCGUUCUUCUACACCCAACUCUCAAGGCAAUAUCCUAAAUUCCCGCUCGAAUUCACCCAAAUCCCUCAAUGGCCAAACCACCAAUGGCAACACCUCACCCACACCCAGUCAAUCGACUAAUGCUACAAAAGAUUUAGAGACUUACGCCCAGGCCCUCGAAUACCUAAAGCCCUUGGAAGAUUUUGCUUUAUUCAAAGAGAAUUUCCGGGCCAUUGGUUUAAUAUCCCAACUAGAGAUUAUAUUGAAAAAAGCCAACAAGCCAUCAGUAACCAAAAGUAUUGCAGCCGAAUGAACAAAUUUAUCCAAAAGCAAACUUUGUAAAUAGUAUUUAUUAUUUAAUUUUAAAAUACAAAUAAAAUUCCUCAAAUUAGAGAUUAAACAAAAAACAAAACAGUUUUUAAAACCCCUCCAUUAACUUGGAAAAUGACAACAAACAAAACAAUUUUUUUUUUGUAUAAAAAAUUAAAAAUUCUUUAAUAAUUUAUUUUUAAAUUUAAUCAAAGGAUCUUUUGUGGAUUUUAUAUUGAAAAUUAUUAGAUCCUUAAGUAUUUUUUUUUGUUAAUUUGUUUAUGUAUUAUUUUUUUGUACUUGUAUGACUGAAUUUAUUUUAAAUACAUUUUAAUUUUAUUGUAGGAUUAGUAACAACUGUAUAAAACACACAAAUACAAAUAAUCUCAUUAAAUGUUAAUUUAUUUAUUUUAAUUAAAUGUAAUACAUUUUAAAAUUUAGUUUUAUAAGCAACUAUAUUAUACAAGAAAAUAAACAAACAAAAAUAUUUAAGUUUACAAACAUAAAAA